CUGUGCCUCCGAAGACAGAAGCAAAGGCUAAGGCGCUGAAGGCCAAGAAGGCCGUCCUGAAGGCCCGGAAAAGCGCCCCACGGAGAAACAAGCUGGACCAUUAUGCUAUUAUCAAGUUCCCUUUGACCACAGAGUCGGCAAUGAAGAAGAUAGAGGAUAACAAUACUCUGGUUUUCAUCGUCGAUGUCAAGGCAAACAAGCACCAGAUCAAACAGGCUGUCAAGAAGCUGUAUGAUAUCGAUGUGGCCAAGGUCAACACAUUGAUUAGGCCUGAUGGGGAGAAGAAGGCUUAUGUCCGACUGGCUCCAGAUUACGAUGCGCUGGAUGUAGCCAACAAGAUUGGAAUCAUCUAA